CAGAUGCACGUAAUGUUGGUGUUAGACCAGGGACCUUGCUACUAAUAAGCUUAGAUUGAACUUCGAUUUUACAACAUUCGUUCGGACAGAUUUUAGCAUCAUUGAUUCUUACACAGACAUAAUUUGAAAAAGGCAGUCGGAAACUGUCUGAUCUAUAAUUUGCGAUAUACUUUCCACGAACACUUUAAUUUAAGCAUCAGACCAACUAAAGUCGAAAAUGGUCUCCCAAACUACCAAGGACCUACUCACAAAGGUCCACAAGAUGGUACCUCCUAUGCUUGAGAAGUUUCAUAAAGGUCAAUUGGGACGAGUAGCUGUCAUUGGCGGCAGUGAAGAUUAUACUGGCGCACCAUACUUCUCUGCGAUGGCUUCGGCACGGCUGGGCUGUGAUAUGAGCCAUGUUAUCUGUGAACCUCAAGCGGGUCAAGUCAUCAAAACGUAUUCCCCAAACCUCAUGGUACACCCUUACAUGAGACAAUCCAAGAAUCUCCGAGCAAACGAGAAUGCCGACACUGUCGCUGAGUCCGUCAUCGGGAUGCUCUCGCGUCUUCAUGUCCUCGUUGUUGGACCUGGUCUAGGUCGAGACGAACUCAUGCUCGACACUUGCGCGAGGGUCCUCACAGAGGCACGGAAGCAAAACUUGCCAUUUGUCCUUGACGCUGACGGACUGUAUCUGGCACAAACCAGACCUGAGCUUGUUGAGGGCUACAAGCAAUGCAUUCUUACUCCCAACGUUGUCGAAUUCGGCCGUCUCGCCAAGGCAAAAGGUGUCGACACCAAUGGCGAUCCGACGAAGUUAUGCGCUACUCUGGCCAAGGCUUUUGGUGGAGUGACCAUCAUCCAAAAGGGCGCAGUGGACUACAUUUCCAAUGGCGAACGCACGCUCGUCUCCGACAUUGAAGGCGGAUACAAGCGCUCUGGUGGCCAAGGUGACACGCUGACCGGUUCUCUGGGUACACUCCUUGCAUACCGAAAAGCCUAUCUGGACCGUAUCUGGGACCACGAAAACGAUAUGGACGAGUCCGAAUUGUUGGCUCUCGUCGCGUUUGGUGCGUCUAGCAUUACUCGCGAGUGCUCGCGGUUGGCGUAUAAGAAGCACGGCCGCAGUCUCCAGGCGAGUGAUUUAACGGAGCAAGUCACCGUUGCUUUCCAGAACCUGAUUGGUGAAAGGGAGGAAAGCCGGCUGUAAAAUAAAAUUAAGAGGUCAGAAUGCCUCUCUUGAUGUGAUAACGAUAGCAAAGUAACGAAUCAUUUGCAUUCGAUUUAAAAUGGCAACAAGACCUUCUUUACGGGCACGCUUAUGUUAGGAAAUAAAAUAUACGGCGUCUAUAGUAUCGUUUAGAUAAAAUGUACUUGCUCAAUACCGUUAGUGGUCAUUUGGGCGUCCGGCAACAAUUGGUAGGCUACAAACUGCGCCCGAAUCUCCUGGAACGUUAUAAUGUCGAAACGGAGU